GGGAGGGCGCGGGGGGACCCGUCCCAGUCCCGGUCCCCGCCCGGGGCGGGAGGCGGCGGCGGCGGGCGGGGUGUGAGGGGAGGGCGGGGGGCGCCGGCCCCGCCGCCGCGGGGGAGACGCGGCUCCCGGCGCUGUGCGCCCGAGCUGCUGCUGCUGCUGGUUACGCCAGCCCCGCCGCCUGCCUCUCCGCUCUCCUCGCCUCUGAUUCUGCGCACAGCCAGCCCCAAAGCCUGUCAUUCUGCAAAACACAGUUUACUCAACAGAGAGAGCGAGUGGGGGAGCGGGAGAGGUGGAAAGAGGGAGACGGCGCGGAGGAGCCCGGUCCCGCACCCCAGCAUGGCUUCGGGGGACCUUUACGAGGUAGAGAGGAUUGUAGACAAAAGGAAGAACAAGAAGGGCAAAUGGGAAUAUCUCAUUAGGUGGAAAGGCUACGGGAGCAAUGAAGACACCUGGGAACCUGAACAUCACCUACUCCAUUGUGAGGAAUUUAUUGAUGAGUUCAACAGACUACACGUUACCAGAGAGAAGCGAUCCAGGCACGGGAAACAGGCCAGCGCACCAAAAUUACUACGGGAAAGCCGAGGGUCGUCUGUUGAGAAAAUAUCACAUAGACCUUCUGAAUCUGGGAAGUCUAAAGGAUCAACACACAAAAGGAAGAGAAUUAAUCCAUCUCAUCAAAAACAGAAACGAGGAUAUGCAGCAAAGCCAGGAUCUGCAAAUGACAGGGCUGCUAAAACUGUGACUUACCGAACUACUCCCAGCGGUUUACAGAUUAUGCCACUGAAAAAGCCACAUAAUGGCCUGCAGAAUGGAGAUGGCAGCCAUGAGAAAGAUUCUAGACAUUUUGGGAAUGGCUCACAGCAGCAAAAUGUGGAUUUAAAUGAUCACGAAGGAGAACAAAACUUGCCCAGCGUGUUGGAAGUCAGUAACAAUUCCCCUGUUGUGAAUGGAAUUGGUUCUUCUCUGGCCAAUGGAACCUUGAAUCUACACAGCACUGUGAAAAGGAAACUUGAUGGAGAGAAAGAUUACGUCUUUGAUAAGAGACUGAGAUACAGCGUGAGACAAAAUGAAAGUAACUGUCGCUUCAGGGACAUCGUAGUCCGGAAAGAAGAUGGUUUCACACAUAUUCUGCUGUCAAGUCAGACUUCAGAGAACAAUGCACUGACCCCAGAGAUCAUGAAGGAAGUUCGGAGAGCAUUGUGCAAUGCAUCAGCUGAUGACAGUAAACUCUUACUUCUCAGCGCAGUGGGAAGUGUAUUCUGUAGUGGCCUAGAUUACUCAUAUUUAAUUGGCAGGUUAUCCAAUGACAGAAGAAAGGAAAGCACUAGGAUUGCAGAAGCUAUAAGGGAUUUUGUAAAAGCUUUUAUUCAAUUUAAGAAGCCAAUUGUGGUUGCUAUCAACGGUCCUGCUCUGGGGUUAGGAGCUUCUAUUUUACCACUCUGUGAUAUCGUUUGGGCAAGUGAGAAGGCUUGGUUUCAGACACCAUAUGCAACAAUCCGACUCACUCCAGCUGGCUGCUCAUCAUACACAUUCCCACAAAUUCUGGGUGUUGCACUGGCAAAUGAAAUGUUGUUCUGUGGGAGAAAGCUGACAGCACAGGAAGCCUGCAGCAGAGGACUGGUGUCACAAGUAUUUUGGCCAACAACAUUUAGCCAAGAAGUGAUGCUACGAGUGAAAGAAAUGGCAUCCUGCAGUGCAGUGGUAUUGGAAGAAUCCAAAUGUCUCGUGCGGAGCUUCCUGAAAUCCGGACUUGAAGAGGUGAACGAGAAGGAGUGUCAGAUGUUAAAACAGCUGUGGAGUUCUUCCAAAGGACUGGAUUCAUUAUUCAGCUACUUGCAAGACAAAAUUUAUGAAGUCUGAUAUCUUGGCCUAACUUAAAGAGAAAUUGCUCCAGUUGUGACCAGAGUCAGACAUGACCAUGUUUGAGAAGCAGAGGCAAUGCAUCAGUGAGGAAUUUGUGACAGUGAUCCCAAUGCCCGUAGCUGUGUGAGCUACACAGCUGCUUGUAGCCGGUUUGAUUUUGUGUAACCAAGACGUGGGCAGGUGUUCAGUGCACGUAACCUGUGCAGAGGCUGCAUCUUUCACAUUGCUCAUCCACAUCCAACUCUACAUUCCAUGUGCUGAGAAGCACCACUGAGGCCCAGCAAGGCACACCCACCUGUAAGGGUUUCUUUUGUCUGUCCUUCUUAACUUAUUCUUGCUGUUGCAGCACAUCUGGGCUGACACAGAGGGCUCAGUCUAAAAUCCGGGUCAGCGCGACCUAUGGUAGACCCAAAAACCAUACGUUAGAAAUAUGUUAAUUAUUUUUUU